AUGAUCUCAGCGCCCUCUCCCUCUCCCUCUCCGCCAUUUGGCGCCACAGCCCGAUGCGCAUACUCGACCACGCCGUCGGCCGAGGAUCCCUACGCAUACCAGGUGGGCUUUGGCAACAGGUUCGCGACCGAGGCGAUUCCGGGAGUGCUGCCCCAGGCCAGAAACACUCCUCAGAGGUGCAAAUAUGACCUCUUCUCCGAACAGCUCAACGGUACCCCGUUUGUGUCGGCGCGGGCGUCUCAGCUCCAUGCCUGGUUCUACCGCAUCCGACCAUCCGUCGCCCAUCGACCGUUGAAGAAGCUCUGUCACCGACAUGACAUCCAAGCCUGUUUCUCCGCAUCCAGCCACACGUCAACGUCACAGUUCCUGCCGCAGGAUCAGUCGUGGGACGCAUUUCCCCUGCCAGACGAUGGCGAGUCAGUCGACUUUGUGCAGGGCAUCAAGACCAUCGGCGGCCAUGGGGAUCCGGUGCUGAAAGAGGGUCUGGCCGUGCACGUCUACACGGCUAACCAGUCGAUGGACCGGACGGCCUUCUGCAACAACGACGGCGACUUGCUGAUUCUGCCUCAGCAGGGCCGCCUCGACAUCCAAACCGAAUUCGGUCACAUGAUGGUGCGGCCCGGCGAACUGGCCGUGAUCCAGGCAGGCAUCCGAUUCAAGGUCCGAUUACCUGACGGCCCGGUGCGCGGAUACAUGCAAGAAAUCUUCGGCAGUCACUACGAGCUCCCGGAACUGGGACCGAUUGGAUCCAAUGGCAUGGCUCUCCCGCGCGAUUUCGAGCAUCCGCUGGCCAGCUUCGACGUGGAUGUGGAUAAGACGGCGCCGUGGACGGUGCAGUGCAAACUCGCCGGCCAACUGUUCGAGUACGAGCAGGAACACACGCCGUUCGACGUGGUGGCGUGGCACGGCAACUACGUGCCCUACAAAUACGCGUUGGACAAGUUUGUCAACGCGGCCACGGUGGACAAGGAACAGAGUGAUCCGUCCAUCUACUGUGUGCUGAUGGCGCGGUCCAAGACGGUCGGGGUUGCCCUCUCCGAGUUUCUCGUCUUCACGCCCAAAUGGAGUGUGACGACCAACACCUUCCGCCCGCCCUACUAUCAUCGAAACGUGGCCACCGAACUGAUGGGCAUGAUCUCCGGCGUUUGGUCUGGGUCGGUCACCACGUUGGUGCCGGGUGGGUUGACGUACGAGCCUAGUUUCAUGCCGCAUGGAGAAUCUUAUGAGCGAUGGCGAGAAGCCACGACCGCCGACCUCCAGCCGCAGCGGGUCAAUGAAGACGCAAUGGCAUUCAUGUUCCAUAUAUCCGGGCAUAUCUCGUUGACGGACUAUGCUCUGCAAAGAACGGGGGUUCUCCACGAUUUGCACCCGACAUUCUGGGACGGGUUUGAAGGUGGUUUUGUCAAGCAUCUGGAUCAAGUGAACAAGGACCUUGCCGCAGCCGGGCUGCCUCCGUUGGCGGAAGAUUCGGCCAGGACCCGGACCUGGAGCAGGACCAAGGCAAUCCAGGCAAUGGCUGUCCCGGUCAAUGGACAUGGAGCGGGACAUGUGCAGCCGCAUACGCAUACUGCGACAUGA